CUGACCACCGGGUCCCACCGAGUCCACAACCCCUGCUGGGCUGAUUCUGACUGACUGGGCCAGAGAAAUCCUAUGCCGGUCCGUGCGCCGCCGCCGCCGCGCACCUGAACAUGGCGGCCGCUCGGCAAGCGGCCGCGGCCGUCGCCGCCGGCAGCCACCACGGCCACCCGGUGCACCACGCGCACCUCGCGGCCCUCCUCAACCCCUCCCCGCGCCUGCCUCCCCUGCCGCCCCCGCUCCGCCGGCGCCACCUCCCGCUCUCGCUGCCCGCGGCCUCCCGCCUCGCAGCCACCUUCCCGCCGCUGCCGCUCCUCCUCGCGCUGCUCUCCGCGCUCCGCCUCCUCGCGUCCCCGCCGCCGCCGCGGCCCUUCGACGCGCUCAUCAAGUCCUACGCCUCCCUCCCCUCCCCCACCCUCGCCGCCGCGGCGCUCGCGUUCGCCAGGUCGGCCGGGUACGCGCCCUCGCUGCCCGCCUACAACGCGGUCCUCCUCGCGCUCUCCGACGCCUCGCUCCCCUCCGCGCGCCGCUUCCUCGCGGGCACCAUGCUCCGCGGCGGCGUGGCGCCCAACGUGUACACCUACAACAUCCUCGUCCGCGCGCUCUGCGCCCGCGGACACCGCGACGAGGCGCUCGGCGUCGUGGAGGGCGACAUGCGCGCCGCCGGGUGCGCGCCCAACGUCGUCACCUACAACACGCUCGUCGCCGCGUUCUGCAGGGCCGGGGAGGUGGGCGGCGCGGAGAGGCUGGUUGCUCUGAUGCGGGAGGGCGGCGUGAGGCCCAGCCUGGUGACCUUCAACACGGUGGUGAACGGGCUGUGCAAGGCCGGGAGGAUGGAGAACGCGCGCAAGGUGUUCGAUGGAAUGGUGAGCGAGGGCCUGGCCCCCGAUGGGGUCAGUUACAACACCUUGCUGAGUGGGUACUGCAAGGCGGGCUGCUUGCACGAGGCGCUGGCAGUGUUUGCGGAGAUGUCGCAGAAAGGGGUUGUGCCCGAUGUUGUGACGUUUACGUCGCUUAUCCAUGCGAUGUGCAGGGCUGGGAACUUGGAGCGGGCGGUGGCCCUGGUGGGGCAGAUGAGGGAGAGGGGCCUCCGCAUGAAUGAGAUCACUUUCACGGCACUGAUAGAUGGGUUCUGUAAGAACGGGUUCUUGGAUGAUGCGUUGCUUGCUCUGAAGGAGAUGAAGGAAUGCGGGAUCAAGCCUUCAGUGGUGUGUUACAAUGCCCUAAUUAAUGGCUACUGCAAGUUAGGAAGAAUGGAUGAAGCGACAGAGUUAGCCAAUGAAAUGGAGGCUAAAGGAGUGAAGCCUGAUGUUGUGACAUAUAGCACGAUUCUCAGUGGAUACUGUAAGAUUGGUGAUACAGAUUCUGCAUUCGAACUGAAUAGAAAGAUGCUGAAGAAAGGUGUGGUUCCUGAUGCCAUCACCUACUCAUCCCUUAUAAGGGGUCUUUGUGAGGAGAGAAGACUCAGUGAUGCGUGUGAACUCUUUGAGGAGAUGCUUCAACUUGGCCUUCGUCCUGAUGAAUUUACUUAUACAACUCUGAUUGAUGGCCAUUGCAAGGAAGGGAAUAUUGAGAAGGCUCUGUCUCUUCAUGAUGAGAUGAUAAAGAAAGGAGUUCUCCCUGAUGUUGUGACAUACAGUGUACUUAUAGAUGGGCUUAGCAAGUCAUCGCGUACAAAGGAAGCACAGCGGUUACUCUUCAAACUGUACUACGAAGAUCCUGUUCCAGACAAUAUUAAGUAUGACGCCCUAAUGCAUUGUUGCAGGAAAGCUGAGUUUAAGAGUGUGGUAGCUCUUCUUAAGGGAUUUUCCAUGAAAGGUUUGAUGAAUGAAGCUGACAAAGUUUACCAGUCAAUGCUGGACAGAGAAUGGAAGCUUGAUGGGUCGGUGUAUAGUGUACUUAUUCAUGGGCAUUGCCGGGGAAAAAAUGUUAUGAAGGCUCUCGGCUUCCAUAAGGAAAUGCUGCGGUGUGGUUUUCCUCCUGAUUCAACUAGCACUAUUUCACUGGUUAGGGGUUUAUUUGAAGAGGGGUUGACUGGGGAAGCAGAUACUGUGAUCCAGGAGUUGCUGAAUUGCUGCUCGCUGGCAGAUGCAGAAACUUCGAAGGCUCUUAUUGAUCUCAAUCGGAAGGAAGGUAACAUGGACGCUGUGGUUGAUGUUCUCCGUGGCAUGGCAAGGGGUGGGCUACUUCCAAGCAGAGGGUGAAUUGUGUUACGUAGAUACCUUUGCUCUAUUUGUGGAGUACUAAAUUUACACGAUGGCCAUAGAUCUCUUUGGAGCACUUCUUGGAUCAUGCCUACCUUGCAAUGAAUCAUGAUGGUGCUCAGUUCUCUUCAUGGGCGUACCGAGUGCUGAAAGCUCUCGGGAAGGGAAUUUCGAGGCAGCAUUUCCCUUCCUUUUAAUGCAAAGAGGCUGAUUUGGAAGCUGUCCUGUUUUCCUAGGCAGCCUUCUUCAUGCUGUAGGGUAAUGAGAAUUGAGCAACUAAUUGAUCUCAUACUAAUUUUUCAGCUCCUACCAUGUUAAUGACGGCUGUUCAUUAAUCUUUGACUAGAAUGUAGGACAUAAAGUGCCCAAGGGAGUCAUAUGAUCAUAUCCCACCAGUACCAACUAAAGCACUUGAGGGAUAAUGAAAACUGACAAUCACGAGUCAUACAACACUGGAGGGAUAAUGAAAACUGGCAAUCAUUAGUCAUACAACGCUGUCAAAUCAGGGUCUUGAGGGAUUCUGUUACCAGUUUGAGUAAUCUCCACCUCUACCAAUGAAAAGCUUUGUUCAUGGUGUGCUGCUGUUCAUGGGUAUGAGGAAGAUGAAGAAAACGGAAUAGUUACUGCCAGUUAAGUAUGCUUGCAGUUAAAACCUAUCACGUAUUCAGUCUUCAGCAUGAAUUCCUACGGUCAGGCAGAGGCCCAUCGGAAUGCUGCUCCGACGGAUACACCAUGCUGGCUCAGAGAUUAAGACAAAGAGCUCCAAGAAGGUUGAGGUAAUGGUGCUGGAGAUCAAGGCAAGGAGGUCGCCGGUGGAGUCAAGACAAGAGGUCGAAGGUGGGCGAUGACCAAAAUGAGAGAAACCAGCGGCCACCAAGCAAGCAGGAGACACAAGGCAGGAAACCUUCGUCUUUCUUGAAGCCACGGUGAUGUGCCAAAUGGCUGGAAUUUUUUGUUUCUUAUUGAUAGAUAGUUACUGAGCCCACUUCCUGGUAGGUAUAAUCAUUUUCCAUCUUCUUCUUUUCUGUUUGAUCCAAAGUUUAAAAUGUAUUAUCAGGGGAUUUUUCAGUGUACUUCUGUUCUUUGGCUGUGGUUCAGUCCCUGUGAGAGACAACAAUACGUAUUGGGUACAGUCCCUGUGAGAGAGAACAAUAUGUAAUUAUUGACACAUGUCAAGGAAAAAUAAUGCAUGGCAAACUUUCUUUGUUCAAGAUGAAAAAUGAAGAUGGUGCUGAAGACCUCGGCGUUCCUUUU